AUGCGAAUAGCUUUCGCGACAUUCUUGGCGAUAGCGACGGCAGCAGUCGUCCUGACGGCCCAGGUGCCGGUCCCUGGCACGGCCGAGGUCGCGCCGAGUGACGUCUCGGCGCCGCCAGCGGAUGCCGUCACGAGCGCUUCCGGACUGAGCUCGCGGAUGCUCACGCCAGGCACGGGCGAGCAAAAGCCAACGGCCGACGAUUUUGUGUCGGUCCACUACACAGGAUGGACAGCCGACGGCGUUGUUGUCGACAGCUCCCGGAACCGGAGCACGCCACCGCUGUUUCCGCUCAACCGGUCGCUGGCGGGUUGGCAGGAGUGCGUGCAGCUGAUGACGGUCGGCGAAAGUCGGCGAUGCUGGCUGCCGCAGAGGCUCGCCUACAACGGUCGCGACGGCCGACCCGCCGGGACGAUCGUCUUUGACAUCGAACUGCUCGACGUCCGCAGUUCCCCGAAGGUACCGCCGCCCGAUGUGGCUGCGCCACCGGACGACGCCAUACGCACCGAAUCCGGCAUUGCCUACAAGGUCGUGAAGCCUGGCACCGGAACGCGGCGGCCCACUCAGGCUGACAGAGUGACCGUGCACUACACGGGUUGGACGGCGAGCGGCAGGAUGUUCGACAGUUCAGUGCUGGUCGGCGCGGCGCAAACACUCGCCUUGACUGACGUGAUUGCCGGAUGGACGGAGGGCAUGCAGCUCAUGGUGGAGGGCGAGAGAACGCGCUUCUGGAUUCCGGAGGAGCUCGCGUACGAAGGCGAGGUCGGCUCUCCGCUCGGCAUGCUGGUGUUCGACGUCGACCUGAUCCGGAUCGAGUAG